AAGGAAUACUCCUACGCGGCAAACCAUUCUCUCGUGGGGGUCUGGGCCUCCCACCGAUGGAGGCCGCCCGCCCGUUCCACCACCCCGCUGCCUCCUCCUCCUCCUCCGCGGCGCAUCACGCGGCCCGCCUCGCGCCUCCUCCUCCACGACACCCGCGCGCCGCCGCCCGUUGGGUGAGCCCUGAUGUGGUCGCGCGGGGCCGGAGCCCUCCCGCAAAUCUAGGGUUGCCCCCUCCGCCCCGCCCUCGCCCACGCCGCCUCCGCCUCCGCCUCCCCGCGCCGUGUACAACCGCAGCGGCGGGCCAGGGACCUCCCCGCCGAGCCCCGCGUCUCGUCGAAUGCGCCGGCGGCCGACCCCUUGAGGAGGAGCGCGCGCGCGUGGGGCUGAACCUAGUGGACGAGGACAAGGUUUUGCAAAUGUCGUCCACUGUGCCGAAGGCAUCCAAUAUCUUCUGGCAUGAUUGCGCAGUUGGCCAGGCUGAUCGGCAGAAACUACUAAAGCAGAAAGGUUGUGUUGUCUGGAUCACAGGACUUAGUGGUUCAGGUAAAAGUACCUUGGCAUGCGCAUUAGGUCGAGAGCUCCACACAAGAGGGAAUCUUGCUUAUGUUCUUGAUGGUGAUAAUUUAAGACAUGGUUUGAACAAGGAUCUUGGAUUUAAGGCUGAGGAUCGUGCUGAAAAUAUACGCAGAGUUGGUGAGGUAGCAAAACUGUUUGCAGAUGCAGGUUUAGUGUGCAUUGCAAGUUUGAUAUCACCGUAUAGGAGGGACCGUGAGUCUUGUCGUGCAUUAAUAUCAGAGGGUAGCUUUAUUGAAGUUUUCUUGAACAUGUCCUUGGAAUUGUGUGAGUCAAGGGAUCCAAAAGGCCUUUAUAAGCUUGCUCGUGCAGGAAAAAUAAAGGGUUUUACUGGAAUUGAUGACCCUUAUGAACCACCAUUAAACUGUGAGAUUGAGAUCAAAGAAGUGGAUGGUGUAUGCCCUUCACCUUCGGACAUGGCAGGACAAGUAGUCACUUAUCUAGAGGAGAAAGGCUUUCUGCACGAGUAGAUGGGAUGCAUCAAGCUAUGGUAGAGUUCUCUGCUCCAUAUUAUUAGAUUAGUGCAAAAUAAGUCAACUGUGGCAUUUUUUUUCUUUAUACUUGUUUAGUAGAUUGGUUACAGGCGUUGAUCUAGCAAAGGGAUUAAUUCUUUUCCCUUUUUCACUGCACAACUAAACGUUCUGUAAAAUGACAAUCAGGAUAGUGGGGUAUCUAGGUUUGUUGUUUUGGGAACCAAAAUCCUCCCAGAUAAUAACUGAUCUGAGGAGAUAUCAUUUAGUUCUGUUGUACUGUUCUUGUAUUAUCUGACCAGAACCUAUGCAUGUAUUAUCUGAAAACAAUCCAAGCUCAAGGCUGUUUGGACAUGAGAUUGUUGUGGCCUUGACUUGAGAUCGUACGGAUUCCUGGCGAAGGUAAUGCCUAAAGUGCCUUGA